CUGCAAGGCGAGCCCGUUGAGCAGCGGUUCCCGCGGUUGCUAGAUCCCCGCUCUGCCCGGGAUUUCAGUUUGUUGAAAUGAACAGUCGUAAAUCAAAGGGUAACAAUUUAAUACAUACUGAGUACCUUUCACAGGUACAAAGAAUUUUACGUGAAAGAUUUUGUCAUCAGAGUUCACAUAGUAACCUAUUUGGAGUACAAGUACAAUAUAAACACUUAAUUGAGCUGCUAAAAAGAACUGCUAUCCAUGGAGAAAGUAAUUCUGUUCUCAUUAUUGGACCCCGAGGAUCAGGAAAGACCAUGUUAAUAAACCAUGCUUUGAAAGAACUGAUGGAAGUGGAAGACGUGAGGGAAAAUGUAUUACAAGUUCACCUAAAUGGACUGCUGCAGAUCAAUGAUAAAAUAGCUCUAAAGGAAAUCACAAGGCAGUUAAAUCUGGAAAAUGUAGUUGGAGAUAAAGUUUUUGGAAGCUUUGCUGAAAAUCUUUCAUUUAUUCUGGAAGCUUUGAAAAAAGGUAACCGGGCUAGUAGUUGUCCAGUGAUCUUCGUAUUAGAUGAAUUUGAUCUUUUUGCUCAUCAUAGAAACCAAACACUCCUCUAUAAUCUUUUUGACAUUUCUCAGUCUGCACAGACUCCAAUAGCAGUUAUUGGUCUUACAUGUAGAUUGGAUAUUUUGGAACUCUUAGAAAAAAGAGUGAAGUCACGAUUUUCUCACCGGCAGAUACACUUAAUGAAUUCAUUUGGUUUUCCACAGUAUCUUAAAAUAUUUAAAGAACAAUUAUCUCUACCUGCAGAAUUUCCAGACAAGCUUUUUGCUGAGAAGUGGAAUGAGAAUGUUCAGUGUCUCUCAGAAGAUACAAGUGUGCGAGAAGUAUUACAGAAGCAUUUCAAUGUCAGCAAAAACCUGCGGUCAUUACACAUGCUAUUGAUGUUUGCUUUAAGUCGAGUAACAACAACACACCCAUUUAUGACUGCAGCAGAUCUGAUGGAGGCAAACCAGCUGUGUAGCAUGGACUCGAAAGCCAAUAUUGUACAUGGUUUGUCAGUCUUGGAAAUCUGUCUUAUAAUAGCAAUGAAACAUUUAAAUGACAUCUAUGAAGAGGAGCCCUUUAAUUUUCAAAUGGUCUAUAAUGAGUUUCAGAAGUUUGUUCAAAGGAAGGCCCAUUCUGUUUAUAAUUUUGAGAAACCUGUUGUCAUGAAGGCUUUUGAACACUUACAACAAUUAGAAUUAAUAAGGCCCAUGGAAAGAACUUCAGUAAAUGCACAGAGAGAGUACCAGCUGAUGAAACUACUUUUGGAUAAUACUCAAAUUAUGAAUGCUUUGCAGAAAUACCCCAACUGCCCUACAGAUGUUAGGCAGUGGGCAACAUCCUCACUAAGCUGGUUAUGAGCAUAACCCGCGGCUUCAGUUUCGGAGUUGCAGGCUGACUUCUCUAAAGAACUACAAGCUGUUGUCCUUUAACAAGACACGUUGUUACAUUUUCUUAUAUUUGUAGACAUGUACUUUUGUAUUUAUGGGGGAUGUUACACAUGUAGUAUCCUUGGCUGUGCUCUGCCUUUAAAUCAUGAGCAGUUACAUGAUUUAUAAUUCUAGUAAUUUAGACUGUGUUGUAACUAGUUUAAAAAAAUAAAUGUGACUAUUUUAUAGGGAUUGAACCAUA